GCAAAUCCCACCAUGCCUCACAUAACUGCAGUCGGCGCCUGCUAUCUUGAUACCAUCCUUACCAUCCCCCACUACCCCCCCGAAGACGCCAAACUCCGCAGCACAUCCCUCUCCCGCCGCCGCGGCGGAAACGGCCCCAACACUCUCGAAGUCCUGUCGCAACUCUCCCCUCCCCCUUCCCUCUCGCUCUCCCUCAUCACCAUCCUCCCCUCCCACAGCUCGCCCGCGACGCAGGAAGUCCAAACCUCGCUUCCAGCGGUCGAUAUCUCGCACUCCAUCUUCCGCGAGGGCUUCACAGAGGCAGCGAGCAGCUACGUCCUCAGGAGCUUGGAGACGGGGAGUCGCACGAUUGUGAACUUCAAUGAGCUGCCUGAGAUGACUGCUGAAGAGCUCAAGGGUAAGGUAGGGGAGGUGUGCGGGGAAGAAGGGGAAGGAGAGGGUCAGUGGUGGCAUUUUGAGGGUCGAAUACCGGACGUGACGCUCGCGUGCGUCCAGCAUCUACGGGCACGCUUUCCAGAGGCGAAGAUCAGUGUCGAAGCGGAGAACCCGACCCGGGAGGGACUGGAGGAGGUGACGAGAUUGGCGGAUGUGGUGUUCUAUUCUAAGAGCUGGGCGGUGAGUAAGGGGUUCACAGGAGCGGAGAGCAUGCGAGCGUUUCUUGAAGCGCAGGCUGCGGGGGCAAAGAACGGGGCGCUGCUGUGCUUGACCUGGGGCUCUCUCGGAGCGGCAGCUCUCGACUGUGAGACUAGCCAGUUCGAGUACGUUCAUGCUUGGAGGUAUGAGGGUCGAGCCGCCGUUGACACGAUUGGAGCUGGCGACACGUUUGUAGCUGGUAUGCUGUAUUGUGAGAAUGUGCGAUGUGGUGACUGGUCUUUGAAGGAGAAGCUGGCAUUCGCCAAUGAGCUUGCUGGCCGGAAGGUCCUACAGGAGGGUUUCGCUGGGCUUGGAGAUGCUAUGCAAGACCUCUUGUAGAACAUAUGGCAGGGUCAUCGAAAGUACUUUGAAGCUAACGAGACGAAAGCGCAUUCAGAAGGUCAGACAGAUGCGAGCAAAGAAAGACGCUUGAGAUGAUGAUGGUGACGGUGGUGGUGGAUAGAGUGAAGUUUUGCGCGCCUCAUGCAUACAAAUUCCGCCGUGGGCAUCUGCAGUCCGAUCACCACAAAUACCGCCCGCCUACGUGAAAUGAAG